GUCAACUUCACUUCCAAUUCCAAGUGACGUCUGUCAACUAUCAAAUAAUAAUUUUCUUUGCAAUAAUCGUCUUGGUUGUAAUUAAAUAGAAAAUAAUAAAAGACAUGGGAGGUCAUGGCUGCGAUGAACCAUAUAAAAUACCGGACUACAAACAGUUUAGAAUACAAGGAAUUCCGCAGCUAGAGGAGCUUGAAAGGGAGCUGGCAAAAAAGGGUCUCAAAGACCCUUGGAUCAGGAAUGAAGCUUGGAGAUAUCAUCCAGGCUUUGGGACACCUGCAGCCAGAGGUAGAAAGUUCUUUUUCCGUGGUUUCCCGCUGGGGCUGGCGCUGACAGUAGUGACAGUGGCUAUCACCAAGCUGGCGGGUGGGGACGAUGGUCAUGGGGACCACCACUGACGUUUCACAUGUUCUAUACACUUAUUUGUAAACUAGCUUUCUAAUGUGCAUUGUCAACACCUACAGUGUGUCAUUAUAAAUUAUUUAAACUACUUGCAGUUAUUACUUAGAUGAUGUGGUUUAGUUUGAAAUUAAAUUGUUUUUUUUACAA